AUGAAUAAACAAUAUGAAUAUAUAUUGGAACACACUCCUAAAGAAGGCACAUAUGAUGAAAACCUUCAUGGACUUAUUAUGGUCCCAAUUGAAGGAUUUGAACCAAUACCAGUACGUUUUAUUUUAAGUAAAGAAAAUCCUUAUAACUUUACAUUUUUUGUUUUUCAUAGUGCAGAAAAAGAUAUUAAAGAAAUAGAAGAAGAAAUGAAAAUGGUAACAAAGAUAUUUAAGGCAAGAUGUAUUUCAUUUGAUUAUCCAGGAUAUGGAUUAAAUAAAAAUAAAAAAGAUAUAGAUUUAGUUCUUAUGGUAGAUGCAGUUUUAAAAAGAAUAAAUAAAAGAGGAUACAGAGAAGAUAGAAUAUUAUUAUUUGGGUAUGAACAUGGGUGUGGACCAGCAUUACAAUAUGCUACAGUUUUAGCAGAAAGAAAGAAAGAGAAAUUAUCAUUAGAGAGUUCUGGUAUUAUUUUGUUUUAUCCAUUAGAUACUAUUCCAUUAGGAGUUGAUUAUCAUUUUCCUAAAUUCUUCAAUUCAGUUCAAAAUGUAGUUUAUUUCAGAGUUUUAAUGAUGAUUCCAAAGAGAGACAGUUAUUUUACAUCCUUAAAUCAAUUAAGGAAGAUUGGGUAUGAGGACCAUGAAUGGAAAGAUCGUGUAGAGGUAUGUGUUCAUAGCUUUUCAAGAUUAAAACCAACAUCAUUAAAUAAGGUAAAAAUAUUAAAACUUUUAGAAAGUACAAAUCCUUGGUUUAAGAAACUUAAUAAUCAAAUUAAUAAAUAUAAACAUGGAAAAAUAAAUAUCUCUAUGGUAAUUACUACAGUAAUGAAAGUAAAUAAAAAAAUUCCAUCAAUACCUAUUCAUAAUGACUUCUUUAUUAUGCAAUUUUUAGAAAGAAAUAAAUUAGAAGAUUUUAUUCCUAUUUUUGAAGAAAGAAAAAUAUAUUCUGUAGUGUAUACUCUCAUGGGUAACAUUGAAACUAAUAUCUUAGUUGAAGAGAAUAAAACAAUGUUAGAUAAAUUUUCAAAUGUUGUUAGACAAUACAGACAAUUUGUAUCUAAGGAUUGGGACUUAUUACGUAAAGAUGUAUUAUGUGAAACUUUAAAUAGAAUUGAGAUAAAUACAAACAUAUUAAUGAAACAAAAAAGUACAUUACAUCAACUAAAGGAAAAUCCAAUAAAUAUACCACAUGAAAUUGAAAUGGAUAAACUUUCUACUAAAACAUCAAAAUCUGAAAGGUUUACAAUCCCUAAAUGGGCUAAAGGGAUUGAGUGUAAUUUUGAGAUAUUUACUUAUCAAUCUGUUAAUUUCUCAGAUUAUUUUUCUUACAGAGACUCUUUGAAAACAAAACAUCUCAGCUCUUUGUCAAAAUAA